UUCCCCAUUUGAAAUACGCACCCGCCGGAAUGGAAAAGGGUGUGUGUGAUGGAAUUUAGACCACUUGCAGCUUCACUCUGAAUUCUUUUACCAAUUUUCUUGACCGACCUUUCAACAACUUUGUUCACUUACCUACUCCAGUACUCACUCAUUCAAGGUCAAGCAAGAGUUUACGUUUUAGUUUCAUGUAAUUUCUCUGAUUCCCAUUUUGGCUUCAUCCAUAUCCUUCAUUUCUUGCCCAUAUUUUGUUUAUAACCUUAUUACUGAAAUUGGAUUUACUUUUUGAUGACGAUAUCUAUCACUGCAUUCGGUUCAUGUAUGAUAUAUGUCAAUAUUUAUUAGGUACAUUACCUUAAUUGAUGUUACUGCCGCCGACCCGAAGCCGGUACCGGUAUAUGUACCCCUCCAACGAUAUCGUACAAUAAACGCCUAAGCAUAUCUGACAUUGCACUGUCUGUCUCAAAUAGGAGCAUCUCGGAGUCAAGUGGGCUUGAUCCAGAGAAACCUUUACAACUUAUCAAUACAUUCCUUAUUGAUUCCUAGCAUCAUUCAACAUACGCCGAAAUUGUGGGGGAUAGGAUUCGUGGAAGCAACCGGCGCGUCGCCAUUAAUUUGCAACGGCAAUUCUUCACGAGGAAUUUUAUUGAUCAUCUGGAAACCGUGGAACCUCUCAUCGAUAUUGUAUGAUCAGAAUAGAAUCCAAUCGACAUUGGUGGUAGGGAGAUAAUCCUUUGGUUCUGAAGGUAUCAUUCAGGAAAACAAUGAAUUCCAGCAGAGAGAUUUGAGCAAGUCUCCAUUCAAACUUCCUCCAGGUGCGUGUUGACCAUUACGGCUAUUCUUCAGUUAGAUUUGGAAACAAUAAUAAGAGUACGGAGGAGAUGUGCUAAUAUUGUUUUAUUAUUCGAUUAGACAUUUUCCAAUACCUAUACUCCACUUCAUUAAUUGGUACCCUACAACGAUCGAUUAAACAAGUGGCACGUUCCGGUCCUAGUCCCAGUCACAGACUCCCAAUCCUAUCUAUAUCUUCUACCUACCAUAUAACCUAUUUAAUUAAGACUUCGCCAUUCAGAUUCUGCACCUACCACGCAGGAGACAGAAUAUAAAACUCGACAUCAACAAGUCAAGAUCAAAAUCAUAAUUGCAUUCAUAUACUCUUGAUCCUUCCACUCCCACCCCCAUUCCCAAGAGAAAGGGAAGGAGCGGGAAAGGAGCGGAAAAGGAAGAGAGAAGAGUAGGAAGGAAACAUAUUCUUGUUGUUACUCCCUGAGGGAAGAGAGGGUCAGGUUGAAAAGUAAAUCGGCUAAUAAGAAAAAGAUCUCUUCAUCGAAAUUUGAGAGAUUCACGAUCGAAGUAACAAUUUGAAAGUCAAAGUCGAAAAUCUCCACGAUAUUUGUGAUUAAAAUACAAGGGGUAAAGGAAGGAACUUACCAUAACAGAUACCAUAUCAAGCUAGUCUAUUUAAGGCCAAGAUCUAACCCAGAUAGGCAUCCUAGCCACUUUUGAUACGGUACAAUUACUUACCCACCAAUUUUGAACUUCGACUCCCACCCCGACAAUGCCAUCGUUAUCCUACAGUGCAACAACGGAGGACCGUCUGCCAUAUUCAUUACCUACGAAUAAUACCUUGUCGAACCCUCGAUCCAUUAAUUCCACUUUCAAUUCCACUUUGAAUGCACCAGUCAAUCGUCUCCAACGAAAACCCUCAUUUGGGAACACCCGCCAGAUUGCGCCCCCUCCUCAAAAUGAAUCCCAAGAUGCUAUAGGAGAAUCGCGAAGACAGCCGAGGCAGCCGCAUAGCCGCUCUAGUAGUACAAGUGGUGUCAAGGAAUCAACGGGGAAUUUCAAUCGGUGGAGUCAAUCAACAGCUUCAAGUGCAGGAGGACAUAUUCGCAGUCGUUCUAAUUCAAUUUCGCGUUUGAAUUUCGGCGGAUCCAGUUUACAUGGGAAUGGUGUCAGCCAAUCCCCACCGAGAAAACUACAAAAGAGUCGACCAUCAAUUGAUAAUAGCCCUCAGUGGAGAGGACCGGCAGAACGGUCCACGAACCCCUCUCUCCCGCCAUCCCUGCCGCCAUCCCUGCCGCCAAUUAUCACUCUACCAGUUCCACAGCAACCCCGAAGCCAUUCCCCGUCACAAUUGGCAAGUGCGCUGACCCCAUCUACCGCCGGAUUGUUGUCAGCUGCUGUUCACUCCACUGUACCCGAUUAUUACGAAAAAAGUUGGGAAGGUUCCAGACCCCGAGACAUUUCUCAACGGCGAUCGCCUUCAAGGUCAAAAAAUCACAGCAUUAGUCCUUCGCCCAUUUCUGCUUUCUCGGCCGAACACACAUUACGCCGGCGUCCCUCCGAGGAAGAGCCAAGUAUAGAGAGGGGACAUUCAAGAAACCGCUCAAGAGCUGAAAAGAGUAGUAGUUCUUCUCAAAGUUCGAAGCAGCCUUCACAGAAAGCUAUGCUGUCCAAAGCUCUGCAGAAAGCGAACACGGCAGUAUUACUCGACAAUGCGCAAAAUUACGAAGGCGCCAUGCAGGCGUAUUCUGAAGCAUGUAAUUUGUUGCAGCAAGUUAUGUCCCGUAGCUCGGGAGAUGAGGAUCGGCGCAAAUUAGAAGCCAUUGUGAGUAUUGUAUUAGACGUUGAUUGUUACCAUUAACUAACGUCUCUAGCGUAAUACUUACACUAGCCGUAUAAAUGAAUUGGCAAAGAUUACGCCCGAGUUAAGUGAUGAAAAGGCACUCCCAGCCAGGCCCGUAGACACAGACUUUAGAUCAGACGAGCUUCCAAUGACCGAUGAUGAUGAUGAGCUUGCUACUAUAGAGACAGCCACCGUUACGAGGAUAGUCAACGAUUCUUCUUACACGAACGGAUCUCGGCAUGAUCGAUCAUAUUCGAGGAGUAGGCAAUUGCCUUCGCGAGGUGAAUCUUUAUUGCCUUCAGCCCUUGAACCUCCACAGACCCAGGAUAGAAACCACUCUGAUCAACGAUCAAAUUAUUUCUCUAGAUAUAAUCAAUCCCAAGGGCGGAAUAUUGAAUCGAGUUUAGCCGUACCUAUGGACAGCCAGUAUAUGCCGCCUCCACUAUCCCCAAGACGACCUCUUUCUCCGAUGACAUAUGGGCCAUCUGGCUCUGAUCAUCGAAGACAGAAAUCUUCUGAAUCGCCCAGAUCGAGCUCGAACUCAAAUUCGAACUUAGCCGCUCCAGAGCCUUCCAAGGGGCAUGCACGAGCACCGAGUAAUGAAUCCAUGUCAUGGUUAGAUACUAUAGAUGAGUCUGGCGGUUCGGCCGCUUCAUCUGUACAUUCUAGAUCCUCAUCGCUAAAUGUAAGGAGGAAGCAUAUUCGUGCCUCUAGCGGUCAAACUGAAGCCGAAUUUGAUGCAGCCCUGGAUGCUGCCGUUGAAGCCGCUUAUGAUGAUGGUUUUGAGCCGGUAGAUUAUGACGACGACGAGGGCGAUGAUGAUGAAAUUGUAGCAAGUGUUAGGCGAAGGGUCGAACUAGCAAAGGAAAGGGUGCGUCAAAGUGAAAGAGAAGCUGUCAUAGAGGAUGCUCGUGAAAGAGAGCGAAAACGGUUAUUCCUGCAAAUGCAAGAGCCACAUAUCGGCCCACAUGAUGACUAUGAAGGAAACGAGUCAGAAGAGGAGGAGAGGAUGCUCGAAGAAAUGACCAGAGGUUAUGUGAUGGACGAUUUCGAAUUCGGGCUCCAGUCGAAGUCUGCACUGCCUCGAGAGUCUGAUUCCAGUGGGUCAUUUUCUGGUCGUACUUGGCAUAGCUCAAAUGGUUCAAUACCCCCUCUUACCACUGUCACCGCACCAUCAACCACACCACCUGUAACUCUAUCGCCGCCUCGUAAUCAGCCACCCCACCCGCCUCCUUCCCAAGCAUUACCUCCGCCGCCGACGCUCGAUGGCAGCCCAUUGAGAAAAGGUAGUCCAGCGCAGAGUGUACGAAGCAGGAGAUUAUCUGGUCAGAAUGCUAAGCAGCUAAAGAUUGAGACUUCAUCAAGAUUGAUUGAAGUUCAAAAUGCACCCUUAACUUUGCCUCCAUCAAUGCCACCGCCACAGGUUCCCAGCGGUCAUGCAGGUCCCAAAACUGCCGGCUUACCACAACAGAGACUAGGUUCGAUAAGCAUGCGACCACCUGUCCCCACACGACAAGGUUCGAUUUCAGGGCCAAGCUCAUCAGAUUUCACUUCACCUCCGACAGCCUUCCUUACUCAGACACUCACAAAUGAUAGCAGCGAUAAUUUUAAUCUUAUACCUCGGUCAGGAUCCCCCAACCGUUCUCACUCAAGAGCAGGACUGCGAAAAAACUUUUCGUCGUCAAGCCUGAAGAAUCUCCGAGGCCAUACUUUGUCGGUUUCCAACAUGGACGAAUUUGGUGAUACCAUGUCAUCCACGCCUUUAACCGCCCAAGGAAACAAUGCCAAUGGUAGAAUGCCCGCUAUGCCUACUCUACCAACACCAAUAGCUGCAGCAUUUAAAGAAAAGAUGAAUGGUGCGCCUACCGGUGGUUUAUAUCUUUUCAAUAGUGAUCUUCACUCCCCAGACAGCUUUGGCUCGCCGGAUGCGAUGAAUGCAGGCGCACCAAUUCCGUUGGAACCCUGUCCAACAGAGUAUCUCCUUCGCCCAUUCUGGCUCAUGCGCGCUUUAUACCAGACUAUUGCACAUCCGAGAGGUGGUUACCUAUCUACUAAACUUUUUGUACCUAGAGAUGUAUGGCGAGUGAAAGGUGUCAAGAUUAAGGGAGUUGAAGACAAGAUUGCCAAUUGUGACUUUCUUACAGCAGCUCUGAUGAAGUUGGGUCAAGUUGAUACUUACGAUGCGGAUGCUGUUUUGGAAGAAAUGCAAUCCCUAGAAGGAAUUUUGGAGCAAGUUCAGAUCACACUGAGUAAGAAGCUAGGCAGUGAGGUUGGAGUACAAGGUUCAAACGGGAUGUUCAAAGAUGCAACCAUGGGUGAAAGCAUGGAUUUUGCUAAUAUGAGCUCAAAAUCUGGAAGCGUAUCUAGCAAGGCCUCUUCUUUUUCAUGGAGACGCUUACGUUCAAAAAAUUCCGCCAUGAGUCUUUCAAACAAUUAUUCGAAUAAGGUCACCUCUCCUGAAAUACCCAGGGAAGGAUUAACUAUGGGUACUUUACCAAUGACUUCUGCGCCUAGGACUCGAUUCGCCAAAAGAGAUGUAAGUCAAGUGCAAUUCUCGGGACCGAAUGCAAAUUACAUGAGUGCUUUGGCGAGGCUAUUUGACGCUGCACAAGCUAUUGGUAUGUAAUAUGCUUAGUACACUUUUACUUGAUGAAAAAACUAACAGAAAAUAGAUCAAAUUGCACGUCAAGUCGAAGACCCUGGUCUUCGCCAUGCAGACAAGACUCAAGUAGGUCUUGAACUUUGCACACGUCAUGCAGCCGAGUUUUUCGGAUUUUACAUCUGUCGUUUUGUGUUGAAUGACAUUUCAUUACUUUUGGACAAAUUCAUUAAAAGGGGAAGUGAAUGGGUUCUUGUGUGAACCUUGAGUUCUUAUUGUGUUGAUAUUUUUUGGAUUGAUAUUUAGCAAGGGUGCUAGGAGCUAGGGUGCACAUGACAUUACAUCAGGUGCAUGGUUUCUGAUAUUAGCACUGGUCAGUUCUGUUAUGAGGAGGAUGGAUAUAGACAUGAUAUAUUAUGGGGUAUCAUGUCGUAUCAUUGGCGUCUCGGGAUUGUAUUAUUUUACACUCACCAUAUAUAAAUAUGGAGUGUAGUUUCGUUUCGUUUGGGAUUUGGCGAUGGUGGCAUGCAAAGUUUUCAAUGAUACCAUUAUAACGGGAAAGGAAAGGAAAGGAAAGGAAAGGAAAGGAAAGGAAAGGGAAGGGAAGGGAAGGGAGAAGGGAAGGGAAGGGAAGGGAAGGAAAGGAAAGGGAACAGAGGAAAGGGUACUAGAAGAAGAAGAGGAGUUAAAGAUGGAAGUAAGAGGAAAAGAGAUGGAGAUAGUGUUAUCCAUUAAACGGGAAGGAGGCAUUUGUAUAGGUUGCCUUUGCAUAUCAGGUACUGUACCUACUCAUAGGUGAAGAUGAUGAAUGAAGAGAUGGAAUGGGUUUAUGUUAUCUGAGAUUAUUAGGAGAGAGUAAAGUAUAACGGAUAUAUAUAUCAGAUACCUAUCAAAUGACUAUUAUAUCAUCUCAUAUCAUAUUACAAUAU